CAGGCCCGAGUCGGGCCAGGUCCUCGAUGGGCAGGCGAGAAAGCGGGGAUCGGCGUGCGCCGAGGAGCGGGGCGGGACCGGCCGGAGUAGGAGCGGUCCCUGCGCCAGGGGGCGGGGCCUACUCAGAGCACCCGCCGGCCACCUGGUUCUGUCCCAGUUGGAGUGGCCCGAGGCGCUCGGUUCCCUCUGCUCCGGUAGCUCUGGCGGAGUCUGCGCGAUGGGAGACCCGGAAAGGCCGGAAGCGGCCAGGCCCCAGCCAGAGGAGACGUUAUCUUCAGAUCCCAAUGAAAAUGGAGCAGAGUCAGAUGAAGAGCCGCUCCUAAGAAAGAGCUCUCGUCGGUUUGUCAUCUUCCCAAUCCAGUACCCUGACAUUUGGAAAAUGUAUAAGCAGGCGCAGGCGUCCUUCUGGACAGCAGAAGAGGUUGAUUUAUCAAAGGAUCUUCCUCACUGGAACAAGCUCAAAUCGGAAGAGAAGUAUUUUAUCUCUCACAUCUUAGCCUUUUUUGCAGCCAGUGAUGGAAUUGUGAAUGAAAAUUUGGUGGAGCGCUUUAGUCAGGAAGUACAGGUUCCAGAGGCUCGCUGUUUCUAUGGCUUUCAAAUUCUCAUCGAGAAUGUUCACUCAGAGAUGUACAGUUUGCUAAUAGACACUUACAUCAGAGAUCCCAAGAAAAGAGAAUUUUUAUUUAAUGCAAUUGAAACAAUGCCAUAUGUUAAGAAAAAAGCAGAUUGGGCCUUGCGAUGGAUCGCAGAUAGAAAAUCUACUUUUGGGGAAAGGGUGGUGGCCUUUGCUGCUGUAGAAGGAAUUUUCUUCUCAGGAUCUUUUGCUGCUAUAUUCUGGCUAAAGAAAAGAGGACUCAUGCCUGGACUCACUUUUUCCAAUGAGCUCAUCAGCAGAGAUGAAGGGCUUCACUGUGACUUUGCUUGCCUGAUGUUUCAAUACUUGGUAAAUAAGCCUUCAGAAGAAAGGGUUAGAGAGAUCAUUGUUAAUGCCGUUGAAAUUGAGCAGGAGUUUUUAACAGAAGCCUUGCCAGUUGGCCUCAUUGGAAUGAAUUGCGUUCUGAUGAAACAGUAUAUUGAGUUUGUAGCUGACAGACUGCUUACAGAACUUGGAUUCUCAAAGGUUUUUCAAGCAGAAAAUCCCUUUGAUUUUAUGGAAAACAUUUCCUUAGAGGGGAAAACAAAUUUCUUUGAGAAACGAGUUUCAGAGUAUCAGCGUUUUGCAGUUAUGGCAGAAACUACAGAUAAUGUCUUCACCUUAGAUGCAGAUUUUUAAAACCCUCCCCAUAUCGAAACUAAUCAUUGGUAAAUAGCAGCCUAUUUUUCUCUUCUUAAAAAUGAAACACAAACCCAAAAUAUCUCCUUUAGGGCUUAGGAAUUUGCUCAAAAGGAAAUCUGAAACCAAAUAUCAAUCAAGUUGGAUUUAUAGAAAUAUCCUUUAAUUUUACUGUUUAUCAGAGUAUGACCUCCAAAUGAUUUUAUUUCAUCCCUAAAAUAUAAGAUGGCAUUCUGUGUUAAGACCAUGGGGUGAGGGGUCAGAUAGAAUUUGAGAUUCUGUCCUACUUUGUGUGACCCUUGGAAAGUCAGUUAAUCUGUCUGAACCUCAGAUGAAUGUAAACCCUAAAGUGAAUGUGAUAGCAGGUCCUAAAUUCAUAGUGUGUAUGAGGAUUGAGACACGACAUGGGUUCUCAGCCAAUACUGCUGUUGCAGCCUCCUUCUCUCUUUCUCCCCCUUCUCCCUCUCCUGUUAUUAUUAUUAUUAAUAGUGUUAAUUGCAGUGAUGUGAUAAAAUUCUCCGUCUCCUCAAAGUAACUGUGAUUCUAGGUCCUAAGAUCUAGAAUUAGAUCUUUGUGUUUUUAAUGUUUUAGAAGAAUGUAAAUAUUUCCUCAAAAAGAUUGUACUUGUCAUUAACAUGAGAAUAACUUCUUUGACUUUCUCAGCGUUAUAGUUAAGGACAUUUGGUUCUUAGCUGCUUUGGGCAGAAUAUUCAAGAGUGGAAUCCUUGAAGUUUUCAUGAUAGUUGACCCUGUAAGCAAAAUGAUUCUGCUCCGUUAGAAAUUAAAAGGAUCAUUUUAGCCAGAUGUAGCCCUGAAAUGUUUAAAACCAGGGUGAAUUAGCUAGAAUGGUAUUUCCCAAAGAGUAUUAUAAGAGCUGUUAGCCUGUCUAGGUCUUUUGUGGGGAGAACAAAAAAGAUUCUGUGGUCAAAUGAGUUUGGGAAAUGUUGUAUGCUCCAUUCCUCUUUGGAAUGUGAAGUUGGUACAUCAAACACUGAGAAAUUCUGCAGUACAUCAACGUAUACCACACUGCAUAUUCCAGACAUACUUAACAAAGAUCUGUUUUUCACCUGUUAACAUCUCACCUAACAUCUCACCUAAUGUUCCUCAGAACAUAGUUUGGAAAAAGCUACCCCAGAACUAUUUUCUACAUGGAAGAAGGGCUUGUGGUCCAAGCAAGGGAGGGCCUGGUGGGGAUUAUUGAGCCAUUUCCACUUUGUGCCAAGCUGAGAAGUGUCCCUGUAAUUGACCGCAGCUAUAUUUCUUAUACUCCUAAAACUCUCUUAUGCUGUUAUUGAGAUUCAAUUCUUUUCUGGAACUAUGCAUGUCACAGGAUAGCAGAUGGUGAGGGAGACUGAGGCAAGGCCAGCCCACAAGGUCUCUGAGAAGUCUGCUCCCUGUAUGGGAGGGAAGUGUCAAGAGGUAGCCUGAGCCUAAGCAAGCAGUGGGUUUCCCCACCCACAGCAAACUGUUGUGUACAAUUCUGGUUAAUAAGGAUUAGAGAUUUUCUCUUUGCAUAACUUUUUGCUCCAUUCAGUCCACAACUACCUAAUGCAUUACGACGGGGAGUUUUCAAGUGGAUGCAAAAGGAACAGGCCAUGACUUUAUCUGUUAGAGAGAAUAUCAGAAAUGAGCUAUUUUGGCCUAUCAUAAUACCAUAUACUUAUUCAAGGAUUCAGAGUUUGCUGAGUGUUUUUAUAUCACCUCAUCUGAUCUCAAAACAGCCUUAUGAGUUUGAUAGAGCAGGCAAGAUUGAAAUUUUAUAGAUAGAGGGGGUGAGGCUCAGUCAGGUUCAAUGGCUUGGCCAAGAUCUGCUUGUAGUCACUGUCACUACAAUAUAUUGCUUUUUUCUUAGAAGAUACCAUGUUUCUAAUAUUUAGUCCUUGCUAUCCAUCUUGACUUGAUUUUGCCUAUUUUCCCAUUAAAGUAUCAUAUAGUUCAAUUAAGAUAUCACAUACAUUAAUUAUAGUAUCAUAAACAUAACUAAAUUCAGGUAAUAUGUUCAAAGAUAUUCAUCUACUGCUAAUACAAAAACUUACAUUUCAAGUUGAUAAUAUAUCGGUAGUGACAUAAGAAUAAAUGAAAAAAGUUUUAUAUUGCAUAUUCCCUUUGUUUUGAAUCCACCUCUUUCUCAUAGGUAAUGACAGGUGCCUUAAUAUGAAGCUUGUUUAUCGUAGCAAUCUACCUAACUGUAGUGAGAUGAAGUUUUAAUACUGAAAUACUGGAUUUUUUAAUACACUGGUUUAUUAUAUUCAGUACUCUAUCCCCUUUUCCGAGCUUCCAGGUUUCAUAUUUAUUUAUUAUGUUCAGUAUUUUGGUUCUUAGUUCUUAGGGAGUCAAGAACUUGUAGAAUCUCUUUUUAAUAUUAUCUCACAAGCAAAGAAAAUAAUUCAGAACAUGUUUAUAACUUUUUUGUUUUAACAGCACAUGUAUUUAAAUCAUUGCUAUAGUAGUUAAAAUUAAGUUUAUUAUUUAAGAAUGUAAAAACUAGUCAUUCAAUGACAAAUUGCAUUUAUUAAAAAUGUUUCACUGUAGCAUGUAGAAUCAUGACUUGAAAGGACUCAGGAAGACUGUUUGCUCCAGUGCUUUCAGACAGGGCUGUUUUGCUGUUUCAGUUACAUAUGAAAAUAAAAUAAACAACUAUUCUUAUAAUUUGAGCUUACCUCAGUCAUGUUUUUAUAUAUGAAAUGUUUCCUUUCACUCAUUUUGAAACAUUCAGAUGUUUCAGCUUCUUUUGCCAUUUUGAUUUUCAUUUGUUCAUGGAAAACAUACCAUCUUGUAUAGCUAAAAAAUAAAUUCUUUAAUAUUCAGAAUUUUGCAUUUUACAUUUAAAUAUGUUAACAUCAUGUCAUAGAAUUCCUAAAUUACAGUUAUUCAGAUUAAGCUAAGGGCCACAUGUCAAUAAUUUUCUGUGAUUAAGAAAGCUGAUGGGCUGCAGGAAUGCCAGUUUAAUCCUGUAACCAGCUGUUAUGUUUUUGAACUAAGAUGAGUAAAUGGGUAGGCAACUCAGGAACUCUUCAUAAUCUACAUUAGUGGCACAGAUUGGAAAUCUGGAUAUCUUUAUUUUUCCCUUCCUUUAAAUGGUCUGCUCCUUUUUUAGACAGCUACAGGUUCAAAGGAAAAUCUAAUAGUCCCAAGGCAUUAGGAUGAAAGAAUUUAAGCCUUCAAAUUUGGGGCUUAAUUCUAUUAAAGAAAAUACAGGUGAAAAUGAAAGACUGAAGAAUUUUUUUUUACACAGGUAAAAAUAUAACAGUUCAGCCUUUUUCUAAGUUUACAAGAAUCUUAACUUAUAUAUUUGACUCUGUUUUACAACUGUGUUUUGAUUUUUCCAAAUGUCUGGUCAUUUAGCAAAGCAAAUAUCUACUAUGUACAUAGAAAGCUUUAUUGAAUGUGGUAUAUGCAAACAUUUUUAAUGUAUUUUACAUUAUGGUGAAACAAGCCAACCCUGCAUAUAUACAAUUUGAUUUUUUCCAAAGAAAUGAGUUGUUCUGUUCGUUUUUUUUGCCUUAGUAUGUUGAAAUAAACUGCAUCAUGUCUCUGUCA